CUUGAUUGGGGUGUAUGGCAUGAGUUGUGCAUAGGGAAGCCAAUACUGAUGUUACCAAAACAAACUUGUUUAUUACAAAGUUGUUACAUUGUAAAUAUAACUUUCCUCGUUAAUUAAUGCAGACAUGUCAGGCAAUGAGAUAUUGACGAUCCAGUUCGGGACGUACGCAAAUCAUGUCGGAGCGCACUACUUCAACAUUCAAGAGUCAGGUUUCAGCUACAACCCGAAUUUCGUUCCCGAGGUGGACAACGACAUUCUUUUCAGGGAGGCAGAGUCGAACGGCAGGCCAGCUUACACUCCUAGGCUACUUGUCGUUGACGCCAAUUUUUCCAUCGGUGGAGACGUCUCAUUAACCGGGGAGACGUUUUCCGAUUUACCUCCUGAGGAGGAAGUGAAGAAAAACGUUGGAGACGCGGUCGUCGACGUCCUGGACAAACGACAGGAGGCGAGGACGACGCCAUUGAGCACCAACCCUUUGGCCUCCUAUGAAGACAUCAGCGAUAAGGUCAAAUACUGGACUGACUUCAUAUCAGUUCCAGUCAAUCACAGAACAUACCAUAUUAUCGAUUCUCUUCUUCUUCCAGAAAAUGUUUUAAAAGACGGGCUCUACUCAUAUGGCGCUGAUAUCUGGAGUAGAAGCGAUUUUGAAGAGUCUAUCGUCGAUGACAUCAGAUAUCAUCUGGAAGACUGUGACAACCUUCAAGGCUUUCAUGUCCUGAUCGACUCACAGACCCUUUUCUCCGGGGUGUCUUCUGGCUGUUUGCAACACCUGCGAGAUGAAUACGGCAAAAAAACCAUAUUAUCUUGCCCUUUGUUUAACAACAUCGGUGACAAAGAUCAGUCCGCUUACUUUUCUGAGAGACUCAAUGCUGCACACUCUUUUUCCAAGUGUACAGAGUUGUGUGAUCUAGUCGUCCCUCUUGGAACGGAUUUCAAUCCUUAUCAACUAUCUACUAGAAAAUUCCAUUUGUUAAAUUUCAAAGAGGACUGUUUUAACACAAGUAGUCUUCAGGCUGUAGGUUUAGAAAUGAUCACUCUACCAUAUCGCAUAAGAGAUAGGUCUGUGAAAUUAGACAGUUUAACAAAGAAUUUAAACAUUUAUGGUCGGAGCGUUCUUUCGACUGUCAUUCAUGUCCCUUGGACAUUAAACCGUUCAGGCUACCUCUACGACGAACUGAUGAACUGGAAGGGACAGUUUACACCUCUCACUCCUAUACUUCAAUGUGAUAAUAGUUUUCUCGAUGUGCAGUGGAUCACUGCAAAAUUUAACAUCCCUUUAUUGAUAAGGGAGUCAGAUAAAAAGAUGCUUCAGGAUAUCAAUCCCGUACUGAGCUUUACUAAAAAUAAAGAAAUAUUUGAAUAUUACUUCUACACGCUGUUGAAUCGGACCAAGACUCUUGCCACUCCUAUAAAUGAAAAAUUCCGUCUGCCUAAGAACUUCCCAGACAUAUUCAAGCAGGUGCAGAAUUGUUCUUACAAAAUACCGGAGAAGGCCCCAGACGGUGUUUACUAUGGGAAUCUUCGCAGCAUGGAAGUUAUCGCUGGUCUGCAACAGACGAGGGAAAUUGCCAGUCUCUUGAAGGAGAUUAAUCUGAACGAGAACUUUAUGAAAAGAGCGGUGCCCAAAUUGGACAAGAUGGGACUUAAAAUGAUGGAUUUGGAAACUGAUGCGGAACAACUAACAAAUAUGGUCUCUUGCUAUGAACCUACUGAGUUUUUAUAAUUGCAUCUUUGUACAUAUAUCGUAUUACACUAUUACUAAAUAAAUUUGUUUAAAAAAUAAAACAAAAUCAAUUAAAA